UUUGCUUUAAAAUAGACAGCCAGUAUGGCCGAUGAUGAUCAUGAUAUGGACAAUUUUGAUGAUGACUUGGAUGAUGUUGAUGAUGAUGAACCUUUAGAUGAACAUAUACAAUCUCAGGAGGGAGAUGGUCAGAUGGAGAUUCUGGCCGCAGAGGCUGGCCAACCAACUGAACCAGCUAGAAGGAUCACCACACCAUACAUGACCAAAUAUGAAAGGGCAAGAGUGUUAGGAACAAGGGCUCUGCAAAUUGCGAUGUGUGCCCCUGUAAUGGUUGAGUUAGAAGGAGAGACAGAUCCACUUGUUAUUGCCACAAAAGAAUUAAAAGCAAGAAAAAUUCCAAUGAUAAUCAGACGCUAUUUACCGGAUGGCAGUUUUGAAGACUGGGGCAUUGAUGAACUUAUUAUUACAGAAUGAAUUUUAAUAUUAGUGACAUAAGGGCAAAAUCUGGUAAAUUUUCAAGGACAACACACUAACCCGAGACUAAGUGAUAAAUGUUUAAUGAUGCAUACGAUUAAAAAAGAGUCACAAACUUGUAAAAGGCAUCUUCAAUUAAGAAACAUGGUCAAGAUUUCAAUUAACAUGUUUAAAUGAUAUUUAAAGAUUACAAAUAUCAGUAUGUAAAUUUGGUUGAUGGCUUGUGCUGGCACAGUAAGAUAGCCAGAUUCAGUUAACUGGUGAUUUUAUCUUAUUUUUCAUUGUAUAAACCAUUUUCAUUUGUUUUGAAUUAUGUUGUAUAAUAAAUGAAAAUAAUCGUAA